AUGGUCGACAAAGGAAAAACGUAAUUUUUAUUUAGAAAAUCUUCUCUGAAUCAAAGCAGCAUUAGUCUUGGUUUAGAUUUAAUGAGGUACUUACCCCAUCGAAAAAUAAAAAUCAAUUAAUAAUAAUAUAUAAUGUUUUUUUAUAUAAAAUUAUUUUUAUCCAAAAAAGAUUUAGAAGCCUUACCAGAGUCGUACCCAUUUUUAGAACCAGUUGAUUAUGUAGGCUUACAAUUAACUAACUACCCGCUCAUCAUCAAGCAGCCAAUGGACCUUUCAACUGCCAGAAGAAAGCUUAUCACUGGAAAAUAUUCUUCUCUUGAAGACUACAUCUCAGACUUAAACCUAAUUUGGGCUAAUUGCAAGACCUACAACCUAGAAGGUUCUGAUAUCUAUGUUAUGGCGCAAAAGAUGGAAUCAAGCAUGCAUCAUUAUUAUAAAAAGCUUUUAAAUAAGCAGCAGGAGCACUCACAAAGCAACACAGUCUCUUUUGCAGAAAAAGUUGAAUUUGCAGAGAGAGUUAGAAAGGUUGCCCCAAGUGUCUUAAAAGAAAUAGUAGAAAUUGUACAAAAACAGUGCAGCAAUGCGUAUUCUGAGCCAAGAGAAGACAAACUACAGAUUAAAGUGGAUUUAUUAGAUAAGAACACGUUUACAAGGAUUUCAGAGCUUGCCGAAAAUUAUAUCGCAAGCAGGCCUAAAAAGAUCCGGAAAGUGUCUAAAGCAUAA